CUCAUAGCCACUAACCAACGAUGGCUUCGGCGGUGAUUCCAUCACUUAGGCUGAUGCCUUGCUUCUCCGCUGCCACGUCAGCUUCAUCCUCCGCCGCAACCGCCUCCGUCGGGAAUCCCCGUCCCGCCGUCAUUCUCCCGGGUUUAGGGAACAACUCAGGGGACUACAAAAAGUUGGGAAUGACUUUGGGCGAGUAUGGUGUGCCGGUGGUGGUUGCCGCCGUGUCGAGGUUAGACUGGUUUAGGAAUGCUGCCGGCUUGCUUGACCCAUCCUACUGGCGGGGUACCCUCCGUCCUCGCCCUGUCCUUGAUUGGUACUUGGAAAGGGUAGAUAAGGCAGUCCAAGAAGCAAAGGAAUUAGGUCAAGGUCAGAAGUUGUCGAUAAUUGGUCACUCGGCCGGGGGAUGGCUUGCUCGGGUUUACAUGGAGGAGUUCGGAUAUUCUGAUAUCUCAUUGCUGUUGACUCUUGGUACGCCUCACUUGCCGCCUCGGAAAGGGCAGAGAGGGGUUAUCGAUCAAACAAGGGGUCUUCUUGAUUACGUUGAGAAGCAUUGUGCAAAAGCUGUCUACACUCCUGACUUGAGAUAUGUCUGCAUUGCUGGGAGAUAUAUCCGAGGAGCUUCCUUGACCGGCAAUGCCGAUCUGGAUUUGGAUUCUGAUAUGACAAUGGAAAUCGAUGGUGGACAAGCCAUUCCCGGCCUCACUAUCACGAGCGACAUGAGUGGUUCAAAAGUUCCGGCACCAACGUUACGUGCUCGUUUUGUCGGGCAAGGCUACAAGCAGGUAUGCGGGAGAGCUGAUGUUUGGGGUGAUGGGGUCGUGCCGGAGGUUUCAGCCCAUCUUGAAGGUGCACUCAACAUUAGCUUCAAUGGGAUCUACCACUCGCCUGUUGGUUCAGACGAUACAACCAGGCCCUGGUAUGGUUCUCCGGCCAUUGUAAAGCAUUGGAUCCACCACCUUCUUGAGUGAAAUUCAACAUUCUGUACAAUUACUGCUGAAAAACUUACCUAACUCAGGCGAGACAAGAAACCAAUGUUGUCUUGAGCAAUCCUUAGCAAUGUCUUUCUCUAGA